ACCACUUGGCGCAGACAGGGAGAGAGAGCGAUGGACCGAAGCGGGUCCGAGGCCUACGAGCUCGUCGGCAGCGCCAAGUCGCGCCUGGACGAGAUCGAGCGCGACCGCAUGGACCUCAAGAUGGAGGUCGCCCACCUGCGGAGCCGUCUCUUGGAGCGCGUCGGCGGCGACACGAGCGCGCUUGAGCUCGAGGAAGAGAGCUUCAUGCUCAAGAAGGAGCUCAUCACGAAGGAGCGCAUGCUGGCCGAGCAGGCCGGGUAUCUCUCGGGCCUCGAGCAGGAGCACCAGAAGGCGCUCAUGAACCUCCAGAAGCUCGACGCGGCGUGGCGGGCCAGCGCCGUCAAGACGCAGCAACUCCAGGAGACGCUCGAGAUGCACCAAAAGAAAGCGCACAGUCUUGAUGCGAUGCGCAAGGUGCUGCAAGCCCAAGACGAAGCGGCACGGGCCUUGCAGGAGAAGAUCGACGAGCUCCAAGCAAGUCUCGCCGCCAAAGAUCGCGCGGCCGCUUCCGCCGAAGUCGAGCUCCACGCUGCGACAGAGGACCUCGCCGCGGCUAGGAUGGAGCUCCACGCCCAAGCGACGGCCAACGACGCCGUACACCGGUCGACGGCGCUCGACCUCGAGCACGCCAAGGAGAAGAUCGCGCAUGGGCAGGGCCAAGUCUCUGCGCUCCGCGAGCAUGCCGAGCACCUCGAACAAGCCAACACUGCUCUCGAGACCUCGAAUGGGCUCUUGAAGGCCAAGGUGCUGCAGCUCACGGAGGAGAACGCGGCUUCAUCGAUCCACGCGUCAACGUCCAAGUCCGACUACCAGCGUAAGGUACACGAAUGCACGGCGCUUCAAGACGACGUUGAGAAGCUCACGGCCGACGUCUACACCCGCGACGUGGAGCUGCAGCUGUCGAGGCAAACAGUCGCAGCACUGGAACAGGAGCUCGACGAGACGCGACGCGAGCGCAGCCGCCUCGACGAGCGCGUCACUACCCUCGACACGCUGCUGGCAAGCACCAAGACGCAGUUGCACGCUGCAGAGAGCACGGUCCAGCGCCUCGAAGGCGCCUUCAACGCCCAAGUGCAGUCGGCGACGGAGCUCGAAGGACGCCUUGCCGAGACGACGACCAAGCUCCGGGUCGCCGAGCAAACGAUCGCGCACCUCGACAUGUCGGUGCGUGAUGCCAAGAAGGCUGCCGUCGACACGCGCGCACUUGAAGUUCAGAUCACCAAGCGCAUUGAAAGCGAGCUGGAGACGACGUGGCGGACCCAAGUGCUUGCGGCCGAACACCGAGCGCGCGAACUCGACGCCGCCUACGAAAAGAACCGACACGAGCUUAUGACGUGGCAAAGCGACGUGUGUACGCGCCUUGGCGUCGCAUCGCCAGCCGACGUAGCGCUCAUGCUCGAGCGCCGCGACCACGAACACGCCGAGCUGCUCCGCUCAGUCGAGACACUCCAAAAUGAGCUCCGUCGGGCCAAGACACAACCAAGAUUGACAGAAGCAAAGCCCGUCACACCAUCAUCGCCCAGCCUUUCGACCUGGACCCACGAGGUCGAGCGCACAGAGCGGUUCCGCUUGGGUCUGAGAAGAGACACCACAGCUCCAGUGGCCACAUGCCCGACGCCAGAGACCAAGCCGCCGCCGAAGAUCAAGCCGCCCAAGACCGAGCUGACGCCCAAAAUCACGCCGACGCCCGAGACCAAACCAGAGACCUCUAGAACGACGACGUUAGUCAGUACGCACAAGCCAUUGUCGCGCCCGGUGGACGCCAAGCCAACGACGCCACGGGCGCUGGACCUCUUCAAGCCGUCGCCACUGAGCUUUCGACCCGUCACCCUCCGCAAGCCGCUCGAUCUGAAGGCUUCUGGUCCACGCUCGACACCCAGUCUCGUGAAGCCAGUGUUCCCUUCGACGACGCCCGUCGCAGCAACCACUCGGACAACGCCGACAACGACGCCGACGACAGUCUCGGAACCGAGGCGCCUCUUCCCGUCCCGUGGAACGCCCGAGGUACAUGCGCGAUCGACGGCGUCAGGGUCCACGCUACUCGGUCUCAAGCGCAAAGCUGGAGACCUCUCGCUGCCAACGCUGCCCAAGCCCAAGUUUUCCUUUGGCAAGUCGCGCUUCCCAAAGGCCCCAUGAUGCCCCGAGCGUCUCCCUCGUCGCAGACCGUGAAUUAUAACCCAUAAACCUAAUUUAGAGCAACCCUAUCCA